AUGCCUAACAGAUCAGUUAAGUACGAUAAGAAAUCGAAAAGUGAAGGAAGCGAAAGGAGACGAGGAAAAAGCGAUUCAUCGGAUAGAUCGCAAUCGCGUAGAAGAAGCAAGAGCGAAGGACGUCGAAGCAGGCGAAGCUCACGUUCCCAGUCAGAGUCUCGUAGGAAUCGGAACACCAUCAAGCUUAUCUACAAAAAAGGGCAUCGGUAUGUGAAAAUUGUCGAUUUUGUGGCGGUUUCGCAAUUAAUCAAACAGCACCAAGUGACUGGACGAGUGCCUCGAUCUAUUGAUCUUACCGAUUACUAUGAUACAACAAUUACGAUCUUUGCUGAUUAUAUUGAAAAAGGAACGGUGAAGGCCCGCAUCUCAUUUUACGCCUUAGCGGAACUGCUCAAACUCACCAAGACGUUUGUAAUGGAUGAUUUACAAAGACAUUUGGAGGAGACACUUAUUCUGACUGCUGAGAUGUCAACGGACCACCUGAUCCAGGCUGUACUGACUGAGAACGCGCUACACUAUCUAGCAGCAUGGAGUUUCGUCGAAAUGGCAGCACUGCCAGACUAUCAGCGCAUUCCAUAUCACCAAUUCGUGAUGUUACUUGCUAGUUGUGAACUUCGGGUGCCACACGAGUUGGUCGCGGCCGACGCGGCAUUGCUGUGGCUCGUUGGGCAGCCACAUCCGGCUGUCUAUGCUCCGGGUGUGUUCGCAGUGAUUCGUUCUGCUUAUCUCAGUAAAGUAGACCGUCAACUGAUUGUUGAACGCAUCGCUACCCUGCAAAUGCCGGAAUCAGUGGCCCGUUUUGCUCAAAUAUCGAUGGAAUCACGUCACAGUAUGCGAGUAUGUCUGGAAGCCAUUCAUAUCAACCGCCACCUAUGUCGCUGUGGCAUUCCGGACCCGGAAAAUCGGCCCAAAGAGACGUCGCUACCACUCAGUCGACCUAGGGAAGGCAUAAAGUGGAGCGAAAAGAGUGAGUCCAUAAAAGAAUCUUGA